AUGGACAUCAUCGAAAGUUACUCUAGCGAAGAGUACACAGGCCCUGCGAUAAAGCUCGGUGCGGGAGUCACCGGUGGUGAGGUUCUGAUCCGGGCAUCUCAGGCCGGCUACCGUGUUGUCUCCGGUGAUUGCCCCACCGUCGGCAUUUCAGGUGGAUUCUCGACCGGCGGCGGCCACGGCCUACUCAACGGUGCUUACGGCCUUGGCUCCGACAACGUCCUUGAAUGGGACGUUGUCACAGCAGAUGGCCGUCACUUGACAGUUAGCCCGAGGGAAAACGCCGAUCUAUACUGGGCCAUGACCGGCGGUGGAGGAGGCACUUACGCGGUCAUCCUCAGCAUGACAGCUCGUUUGCACCCCGAGAGUCGCAUCGGCGCUGCAACCCUGACCUUCAACACCACAAGUAGCCCGAACAACGAGACAUAUAACGCGGCCCUUGAGGCUUGGUGGCGCUUUCUUCCGACCAUCGUCAAUACCGGCGCAUGUCCAGCCUUUAACUUUAUCGACGGCGGCUUCAAUGUUCACAACACAACAGCUGCGAACAAGACAGCCGAGGAUAUGACACAGCUAUAUCAGCCGUACCUCAAACAGCUGGACGACCUCAAAGUCAAGUACACCUUCACUGCGUUCACUGCACCAAGCUACGUCGACCACUACAACUACACCAACGGCCCGCUUCCUUUCGGACCUUACCAGUCCUCGGAGCUUUUCAACAGCCGUGGUAUACCGAAGGGAAUCGCGACAGACGCAGCUGCUGCCAAGAAACUGACGUCGGCGGUGCAAUCACUCGUUGGCUUUGAUCGGGCUGCUGGAUGGCAGAUCGGCUGCAUGGGUCUCAACGUGAACGCGACCAGCGUCCCAAAACACGCCGACAACGCUGUGGCACCCUUCUGGCGUGAUGCCAUGGCAGUCUGUCUCGAGUUUUCGUUUUACGACUGGAAAGUUCCCGAGUCGACGAUGCUCAACCGUCGACAGGACCUGGCUCGCCAUAUCCACCCUGAGAUCGAGGCCGCCACACCCGGAUCAGGGGCGUACCUAAACGAGGGCGAUCCCCUCGUCUAUCCACCGAGUGACACGAAGAAAUGGCAGAAAGAGUUUUACGGGGAGAACUACGCACGCUUGACAGAAGUCAAGGAAAAGUGGGAUCCAGACUCUGUUUUCUAUGCAUUUUCCGCGGUGGGCUCUGAGAAGUUCGUGGAGGAUGGCAGUGGCAGGAUCUGCAGGGUUUGA